AUGGAUCGCCGAGCCCUGGGCGCCGUUGGUCUCCUGCUCGUUUCCUGCUUCCUCCUGGCCCGUGCCGGCACCGGCGACAGCAGGUUCGAGGUCAUGUUCAACUUCGGGGACUCGCUGGGCGACACGGGCAACAUCUGCGUCAACAAGUCGGCGGCGAACCAGCUCCUGCUCACCUUCGCUCAGCCGCCCUACGGCAUGACCUACUUCGGCCACCCCACCUGCCGCUGCUCCGACGGCCGCCUCGUCGUCGACUUCCUCGCUCAGGAGCUGGGGCUGCCGCUGCUCCCGCCGUCGAAGCAGGACGGCGCGGACUUCCGCCGUGGAGCGAGCAUGGCCAUCGUGGGCGCCACGGCCCUCGACUUCGAGUUCCUCAAGUCCAUCGGCCUCGGCUACCCGGUCUGGAACAACGGCGCCAUGAACGUCCAGAUCCAGUGGUUCAGGGACCUGCUGCCGUCCAUCUGCGGCGGCGCUGCGCCGGAAGCACAAAACUGCAAGGACUACCUGGCCAGGUCCCUGUUCGUGUUCGGCCCCUUCGGCGGGAACGACUACAACGCCAUGGUCUUCUUCGGGCUCACCGUCGACCAAGCAAGGAACUACACGCCCAACAUCGUCGACACCGUCGCCAGCGGCGUCGAGCAACUGAUCCAGCUGGGCGCAGUGGACAUCGUCGUCCCGGGAGCUCUGCCGGUGGGCUGCUUCGCGGUCUACCUCACGUUUCUCCCAAGCGACGACCCAGCCGACUACGACGAGUACGGGUGCCUGAAGGCACUCAACGAGCUGUCCAUCUACCAGAACUCCCUGCUCCAGAGCAGGCUCGCCGGCCUCCAGGCGAGGUACCCGUCGGUGAGGAUCGUGUACGCCGACUACUACACCCACAUCGACCGGAUGGUGCGCAGACCGGCGCGCUUCGGCUUCAGCACCGGCGCCGUCCCGGCGUGCUGCGGCGCCGGCGGCGGCAGGUACAACUUCGAGCUCGACGCGCGAUGCGGCAUGAAGGGCGCCACCGCAUGCCGGGAGCCGUCGUGGCACGAGUCCUGGGACGGCGUCCACCUGACGGAGGCGGUCAACAGGCUGGUCGCCGAGGGAUGGCUCAGAGGCCCGUACUGCCAUCCUCCCAUUGUCACUCAUGAUCAGUAG